AUGUAUAUACAGAGAGAGAAAGAGAAAAAGAAAGAGUACGAUAUCAAGAGAAUUGAAAAGCGGAGAAACGUUGAAAUGAACCUCAUUGCAGAAAUCAUUCAGCCAUCAUCAGCUAACAUUGUAAAAGCUUUUCCAAAACUGGAAUCUGAUCUAAAUGUUCAAAAAUUGGGUUUCAUGAAGCUUAUUGUUGACAAUUUCAAAAUAAAAGAACCUUUUAUAAGCGAGAGAAUAGCAGGCACGACAAAACUGUUGGAUCAAUUUGAAAAGGAAAUGAAGAUAUUCGAAGAUUUUAAAGAUUUUUUGAUCAACAUUGAAUCAAGUCCUGUCGGCUCAGCCCAUGUCGAGGUAAAACCAGCAGUUGAAUCGAUUCAGAAUUACCUGAAUUUUCUGGAAAACGAAAAGCUGAAAUUGACGGAAGAUUUUACAUUUGACGAAGCUUCGUUUAAUGGAAACAAACAAACUUACUUCUAUUUGUCAGAUGGUAUGCAGUUGAUUGCCAACGAGGCUCCUACCAUCAAGUCACUCGGAUAA